GAAUUUUGGGUCACAAAUGUAACUUUUAAUUGUGUUAGGGCCAUUAUUUAAUUAGCCAAAACUAAAGUGGUCUAUUUAAUAUUGAUCUUAUGGCUAAGGGCAUAUGUGUUAUGAAAAGGUAUUGUGCGGAUACCAUAAGGCAAUAUUCUAAUUUGAUGAGGGGCCAAAUUAGAAAUAUUGAAAACAGAAUUGUAACUGAUGCAGUUACUUAUAGGGUUAUGGUCCCCAAUUGUAGACACAAUAACGUAAUAAACGUGAAAAGUUUCUCUUCAUCCCCAUCAGAGGAGAACAUCAGGAAACCCUAAGGGUGAUCUACAAUUGGAAGAUCACAACCCCAAAUCCUUCAACGGUUUCCAUGGCUCAUUCAGGUACGCAUCCGCUUUAUGUGUUUCAUCUUGAAUUCGGGUAUGGGUUAAUCAAGUGUGGUUUAGGAUUAUGCUCCUGUUUUCUAUAUGGGUAGAAAGCAUGUGGUUAGGAUCAAAUCCUUAUUUGUUAGAAACCUACAAGUGGUAUCAGAGCCACCCAUACUUGAUUCAUGUAUGAAAUUGGGAAAUUUUUUUGAGAUUAGGGUUCUAAUUUUGGUUAUUAAUUCAUGGUUACGGUUUCGGUUUUUUAUAUAUUAGAAAUCGUGGAUUCACGUUUUUCAUGGGUCAUCACAUCUUUCGUUAUUGAAGGAUUGGGUCAUUCCCCACUGAGUAUGAAAAAGACGCAUAACAUGGCUUAAUUUUCAAUUGCGGUGUUCAGUAUAUUAAACAAGUUGCUUGCAGACAUGAGAAAUGCAAAUUCGCUCAAUCGAUUAUAUUCAUAUAUAUAAUUGUAGAAUAACAAAUCAAGUUUGAAAUUGAAAUUGAGAUUAAGCAAGAAAUUAGUUACUGAAGUAAGUAUAAUUUUUUAUCUUGAUAUAUUCAGUUUUGUCACCAUGUAUUGGGUUCCAAUAUUCAAUUUCGUUUAUGAAUGAAUAUGAAUACUGGGUUUUUUAGUGAAUUAUAAAUUUCAAUUUCAUAUAUAUAUAUUCAUACUAUUCAGUUUCGGUUUCUGCAAUUUGUUUUUUUAUGUUCACACAGUAUAUGAUUUAAGCUGCAAAUUUUGUUUGCAAUUUAGAAACGAACGAUUGAAAUACAUGCCAUGAUUCUUUUGUUAAGAAUGAAUUAUGCUAAAGAAAAGUAAAAUUUCCAGUGUUCAAAUUUUGGCUAUGGUUUGUAUUUUUAUACAAUUAUUUAAUAUUUUAAAUGAGUCAAUUAAAAUAAGAAAGUCACAAAAGUGACCUCUUUUUAUGGAGAUUACUCAUAAGAAAUAUUAAAAGUUUGUGAGUGUGUAUGUUUAUCCAUGCGAGUAUUAAUGGACCCCAAAGGAAAAGUUAAUGCUUGGCCGGAUUUCAUACACACCUGUGAUGAUAAACAUGUGAUAAUUUUAAGGGUUUACAUGUGAAUGAUAAAUCAAUCCAAAGAAGGGUUUGUUAUUUGACAUGAUUUAUUAUCAAUGUUUGAUCAUUACAACAAGAGUACCACUAGCAAUUAGUAUUACUGUCAAAAGACAUGAUAUUGAUGGUGCACUAGGUAUCUUGAGAUGGGUUAUGCCAUUAUUUGAACGUAUUGAUGAUUCAAUUUUUCUUAAUGUGAGUAUAUUUAUAGCAUUUGUUUUUGUUCUAUUUUCAGCUACUAUCGGUUCGAUAUCUGCUAAUCUGAAUUCGGUUCCGAUCCUUGAUGGAACAAAUUUUAAGGAUUGGAAAGAGAACAUGGAAAUUGUUCUUGGCUGCAUGGAUCUUGACCUUGCACUAAGGGUGGAGAAACCCGCUUCUCCUACGGAAUCUAGUACCUCUGAACAGAGGAAAGAUUAUGAGAAGUGGGAUCGCUCCAAUCGCAUGAGUCUUAUGAUCAUUAAGCGCGGCAUUCCUGAGGUCUUUAGGGGUACUAUCUCGGAAGAGAUAAAAGGUGCCAAAGAUUUCCUUGCUGAAAUCGAAAAGCGCUUUGCAAAAAGCGAUAAGGCGGAAACAAGUACUCUUCUUCAGAACUUGAUUUCCAUGAAAUAUCAGGGCAAAGGAAAUAUAAGGGAAUACAUUAUGGGCAUGUCAAAUAUUGCUUCAAAACUUAAGGCGCUAAAGCUUGAGCUGUCGGAUGACUUGCUCAUUCAUUUAGUAUUGCUUUCUCUUCCUGCACAAUUCAGUCAGUUUAAGAUAUCUUAUAACUGUCAAAAGGAGAAAUGGUCUCUUAACGAGCUCAUUUCAUUUUGUGUGCAAGAAGAGGAAAGGUUGAAGCAAGAAAGGAAAGAAAGUGCUCAUUUUGUUAGCACCUCUAAAGACAAGGGCAAAAGAAAGAAAACUGUUGAGCCCAAGAAUGAAGCUGCAGAUGCUCCAGCACAAAAGAAACAGAAAGAGGAUGAUACCUGUUACUUUUGCAAUGUGUCUGGGCAUAUGAAAAAGAAAUGUACUAAAUAUCACGCUUGGCGUGCAAGGAAAGGGUUGCCUAAGCUACCGGAAGCCAAAUGAUGUUGAAAGAUACAUCUAUGUUGGAGAUGGCAAGACGGUGGAGGUGGAAGCUAUAGGGCAUUUUAGAUUAUUAUUGUGUACUGGAUUUUAUUUGGAUUUGAAAGACACUUUUGUGGUACCGUCAUUUAGACGGAAUUUAAUUUCAGUUUCUAAUUUGGACAAAUCAGGUUAUUCAUGUUCAUUUGGAAACAGUAAAGCCGAGUUGUCUUUUAAUUCAAAUAUUGUUGGAACCGGUUCACUUAUUGGAUAUGAUAAUCUGUAUUUGCUGA